CAGAACUCCCGGACAAUAGAGUGCGCCUAUCACGUUGAAAAACCGGCGGUGGCAAAUGUACAGUCCCUUAUGGCUUCCAGUCUCUAAUUCCACAGCUAGAUUUCAUGAUUAUGUAGUACCAUAGUAGAAUAUGAAUCUAGUACCAUUUACUAGUGACUAGAAAGAAAGAGAUGCUGUCUACUACAAGAGCAACAAGAUGGUUCAAGCUCAUUUAUGAUCCGUAGAGUCUACUACUUCCUCGUUGCGCACUUGUGAUCAUGGGCAAAAGACGUCAAAAAUGUUGGUACUUUCAUUGGUGUUCUCGGCGCUACGACCAUGACGUUUCGUCGUGGUUUUUCAGCCAGUGAUGAUGGCUACACCUUUCUGGACCUUCCGGAGGAACCGAUGGAUUUUCGGUUUCGUAUCUCCCGACAGACGAGAGCAGAC